UUUGGUAACACAGGAGGGAGAGACCAGGACGAAAAGAGCCGUUACAUAAAUCCGAACGACGGCCGUCGGUGGAGCGCUAACCACAGGCAGUUCAAAUUAGAAAUUUCCAACGGUCAGAAAAUCUCUUGACAGUAUCUAUCGAUCUCACCGCCCUCUACCGUCUUCCUUCCCCUGUUUUACUAAUCGAAACUCCAUCUCUCAAAUUGUUCAAUUCUAACCCAACGGCCGAUUGAUUUAAGAGAGAAAUUCCCAAAAUCAAACACAUCUUUCUUCUUCUUCUUCUUCUUCUUCUGCUGCUGCUAGUGCUGGUGCUGCUGUUAAUAAAUCAGAAUUUCUCAUAAACGUAUUUUCAUCCAUCACCAUGUCUUCCACUACGACUCUGUCUCUUGAAUGCUGUAUUCACAGCAGCGUCGCCACCACCGCAGACGAGCAACUCGUGGAAAUCCGAUUAAGGAGAUACAGCAAAUUAGUGUCUCCAUCUUCCAACCAAAUCAUCCAACAAACUUUCCCAACUCCGAUUUCCGAUGCUCUGUUUCACUUUCCUCUGCCGGAGCUUGAACUUGAAAACCCACCCUUCUUCUUCCACGACUUGCUCCUUCAAUUCCUCUCUCCGGCAGACUCCACCGCCAUAUUCCACAAUAUCUCCUCCUUCGCCCUUCAACUGGCCGCCGGCAACCUCAAUCUUAAUUUCCACCUCAUCGCCACAGUGGAUUUACUCUACACGAUCUCGGUAGACCUGGACCUGGACCCACCACAGUAUUCACCGCCGGUGAGGAAUGGGGCGCCAGCGUCGGUCAUCGAGCGGCUAAUGGAUGAGAAAUAUGAUGAUGAGAAUGGGCGGGAAGAGAUGGGAGAUCAGUGCUGCGUUUGUUAUGAAGAUCUCAACUGUGAAAGGGAAGAGGAAAAGGAGGAGGAGGUGACAAGAAUCCCUUGCGGGCACGUCUAUCACAAGUACUGUAUUCUCAAAUGGCUCAAUAUAAACAAUUCAUGUCCUUUGUGCAGAAGGGAAUUUCGUUGAAAAUUUAACCAACGGUUACUUAACCCUAAGAACAAAUAGGAGAUUUAAAUUCUGAGAGGGAAAUUAGAGAGUGUUUUUGUACUUAGCUGUAUAGAAGUUCUUCUCUCAAAGAAAUCAGCUUGAUUUCUGAGGAUGUCAUAGGUCGUCAGUCUUCUUGUCAUUAAAGAAUUAACGUUGUGUAACACCUUUAAAGUUUAAGCUAAAGAUUGCAACAACUCAAAGUUUAUGGUCGAAUUUGUUUUUUCCCCUCAAGUUUUUAUUUCUCUGAAGAAUAGGAAAUGCAUUUGUAGAGAUUGACACCAUCAAGAUUCAAUAUAACGAUCUUGACUCAUUAUGUA